GCUAUGGGCAACAGCUCAGGUUUACUGCAUAACCAGGCUGCACAGGGUUGAUGGGGCGCCCUAGUCACGUGAUUCUAUAGGAUGAGACCGACCGCAGCGGGAGGAUAUGUCACGUGACAGAGAGUUCCAAAGUUUCUUUUUAUUUGUUUUAGAGUUCCCUGGAAAGUCCUGGCCACCACACAGAGGUCCCCAGAAGUGUCUGAGGUGACGAGGUGCCCAGGUCCGGGUUAUCAGAGGCUCAUGGAGAUUUUUCCUUCCCGGUCCAGCAGCGCCAGUUAUCUGCUCCAGUUCCCGGGCCAUUGUUGCUCUCCGCCGCCGGAGUGUGUCUGUCCCUUUAAGUCAAGGGGCAGGUCCUGGAGGAAGUGACGGCCUCUGAAAGCCGCCGCCUGGGGGAGAACAUCCAGAGAUCGGAGUCCGGCCCGGGACAGCAGCGGCAGCCGGAGCGGAUGAGGAGGGAUAGACAGCGGCGGACACCCGGGAGCCAGCGACUCCCCGAUCCGGAUGUCAGCGCCUGCUCCGGGUCUUACCCAAGUACUGCUAGACUCGCUGCCCUGGCCCCCUCUGCCCGGUGAUGUGUCCUCUGGUAUCAGCCAGACAGUUCUUGUGGCUAUGGUCUCUGCUGUGGUACUGUAGAACAAGCCUGGGGGAGCUGAAGGUCCGUGUCCGUCUAGAAGAUGGUCAGGUGGCUGAGGAGAGCCUGCAGGCGGACAGCGAGCAGGACUGCAUCACCCUGGAGUUCCGCAAGGCGGACGGCACCUUCAUCACAUACCUGGCCGACUUCAAACAGGAGGUGAAAAUUUUUCGGAUCCUUAUUCUAGGGGAAUUGGAGAGAGGACAAAGCCAGUUUCAAGCUCUUUGUUUCGUUACUCAGCUGCAGAAUAAUGAGAUCAUCCCCAGCGAGUCUAUGGCCAAGCUGCGACAGAAAAAUCCACACACAGUGCGUCAGGCAGAAGACUUGAGGGGGUUUGAGAAUUUACAGAUGGACGUAGCUGUUAAUUUUACUAAAGGAAUCCAGCUAAGCUCCCAUGUCCACAACAUCUGCUCCGAGGCCAGAGAGGCCAUCUAUACACGACAGGAAGAUGUGAGGGCAUGGCUGAAGAAAGGUGUUGACGGCUCCAUGUUUGAGGUUCUCCCUCAGUCGUCAUCUUCUCCGGUUCUGCACCCCUGCAAGGUCUGCUCUCACGACUGGAAGGCCUGCAUCUGCUCCUAUCGCCUGAGUCUAGAAUGGAUUCCCUGUAGCCUAAAAUACUGCAAAACGCGAGAUUCAUAUGGCAAGACCACGUCUUACAAGUGCGGCAUUCGCAGCUGCCAGAAAGGAUACGUCUUUCAUUUCUAUGUGACCCAGAAGCAGCUAUGUCUGUGGGAUGAAGAGACCUAGACCUGGCUGCCCUCAUGACUGUCUUCACCAGCGUGCCCAGAAAUGAAUUCGGACCACAACUUCUUGAGAUCCAACCAUUGCAUUUGCCUUUUUAAAGACAUUUUUAUACUGUGAAGUUUUAGGAUCUUCUAAGAAGUAGAUCUAUGCACAUCUACCUUACAUUCUGCUUUUCUCUUACUGUUGAGAAGAAAUCGGCUUAUCCAUAUUAAAGGGGUAUUCCAGGAAAAAAACUUAUAUAUAUAUAUAUAUAUA